UUCUGCUCAGUAGAUAUGUAUGGGUGUGUGUAUUCAUUUGGUACAGUCCAUACAAAGAACGGUAACUCAAACGUCCAGCAUCACUCUGCAUCGCAGAGAAGAUUGCAUUUUCGUAACGUCAUUGACAAACAAGCGUCUAGUGUCGAAAUUGGAUACAUGGCGGGAAAGAGUAUGCUGCAACUUCCUGGAAAAUGUUCACAAACAAAUCCGUGAUGAAAGAACCGAAGUUAUGAAUCUCAGUCAUUUUCUGAUAGUUUGCAGAGCGUAUGAAGAUGAUGUUGGAAACAGUCAGGGAGAGGAGAUCCUAGUUCCUAUAUCACAAACAAAUGGUCACAGUCUGUCCGACCAGAUACAGGAGGAUCGGGAUGAUGAUGCUGAUUUUGGAGAGUUUGCUCCCCUUGUAAUGGAUACUGAACCUAGUCAGAAUGAAGCCAAGGUUGAGAAGUUGCGUUCACAAUCACCACACAGUAUUACAAUUCAUAAAGAACUUCCAGGUUUUGCUCAAAUUCCACGACCGGAGCCUAUAAAACCAGCUCUUAUUUUUCCAGCUCAGAAGGAAUUGAAAUUAUCCAGUUCCUCCGGCAACGAGAGUAAAAACAUUCCAAGUUUGAUACCACCAACUUCAUUAUCACCUGUGAUGUCUUCCACUGUAUCCAGUAUUAGCGGAAACAGCGAACCUCCGUCCCCAGCUGCUACACCAACUACACCAUCCAACAUAGAUGAGAAUUCAAAGUCAAGCAUUUCGUCAUCUGGAAAUGUGAUGAGGCGUGGGACAAAGAGUUUGGACACGGAGACGGCUGAAAAUGAUGAGAAUCUGGAUUACGAUUCAGAUUUCGAUGAUCUUGAAGAAUUACUUAGUGAACUUAUAAAACAUAAGAUAUUACCAGUGUCGGACGAAGACGGAGAGAAAUUCAUUUGUCCUGUUUGUAAUGUGUCAUUACUAAAUCUGCAUGAUUUAACUGUUCAUAUACGUUCCCAUAAUACUCCAGUAUCAGGGUCACAGUCCAACUCGUGUAAAAUUUGUGGAAAAGUUCUCAGCUCUCAGAGUUCUCUGGACAGGCACAUGCUCGUACAUUCUGGUGAGCGUCCGUUUCUCUGUAAAGUAUGUAACAUGUCGUUCACAACCAAUGGAAACAUGCAUAGACAUUCACGUAUCCACACCAAAGAAGAAAACCUGAAGUCGCUGGGAAAUCAGUACAGUCAGAUGCGUCGAGGAAAAUCAGCCUGGAGACAGCGUAUCAGCAAUUUCCUCAGUCAGUCCAAUUCACCGGUUGGUGAUCGUAUGAAAACAUUCCAGAGUGGAAUGGCGCAAGACAUUUUGAAGAACCUGCCGAAUCAUUCCCAACAGUCGGUGUUCGGCCGUCCUAGUGAGGUGAUCCCACCUCUGGUUCCAGGCAUGAAACGUCAAUACAGCGGAAGUGAGCUUGCAGCUGAUUGGCAGAUUCCGUUUAAACGACAAUCAUUGAGCAGCGAGAGUGACGUAAGCAGUUCAUCGCCACGCAAGUUCAACUAUCCCAUGAUUCCUGAUCAGGAGGAAGAAAGUCAAGAGGAAAAACUAGAAGAGAGUAAAGAAAGAGAGGAUAGGGAAGUUCUGCACUGUCCUGCUUGCCCAAAGACUUUCCUGUGUAAAUACGGCCUGGAGUCACACCUUGAGUCCCAUCCAAACUUUCAGAGCCACUGCAGCCAAUGUAACCUCACGUUUAAAAAUCCACGUAAACUUCGCCUUCAUCGUCUCAUCGCUCAUACAGAAAAAGUCAAAGAGGAUGUGUUUGAAGAUAGUGCCACAGAGAAAGAGGUUACUAGAGAGAAUGAAGAAACAGAGCUCAAAGUUGGAUUCAAUGAUCUCACAUUUGUUGAUUUCUCGGUGGAGAAAUUUCCUCUCAUUGCCAAGCAUUAUUUUGAAAAGAAUGCAAGGAUGACUAGUAGCACAUAUUUAGACUUUAUAUGUAACAUUUGCUCAAAAGCAUUCCCAUGUGAGUCAAGUUUGAUCUUACAUAAAUACUCUCAUACCAAAGAUAAGUGCACACAGUGCCCAAUAUGUGAAUGUGAUUAUGCAGAUGUGAACGAAUUUCAUGCACAUAUGCUGAAACAUCUGGCAGAUAAAGCUUUUGAAGAUAUCCGUCCAUCCUCUAAAAAUGAAAAAGGUGAUGAUGAUGUCACACCUGAACGCCUUACGAAACAUGACUUUCUUGCUAUGUUCUUAUUGAAAGAUGAUGAAGAGAAGUCAGAACAAAAGCAGUUGUCGCCGGCACCAUUAAAGAAAGAAAUACCAAAACCGGUCAAAGUUGAGAAAAAUACCAACAACGACUACUUCGCAAAGUUAGGUCAAGUGUUUUCUCCAGGAGUUCCCCCAAUGUUUGGCCAACUUCCUAUUUUCCCGCCAGGAUACCAGCCAACCUUGGAUGAUUUUCAUAAGAUGUUGCAGGUCGCAACAAACAUGAACAUGCUGCCGAGUAUGGGCCCAGGUUUAUUGAUGCAAGGACUUGCCAGUGGACUCACCGCUGCUCAUUCAUCCCCAUCCAAACCACAAUCCAGUUACACACCAUCUUCCACCAUGGCAACAUCAACACCGAAACCGGCUCAUUCUUCAGUAUCUAGUCCAAUGAAUGUUCAGCUUGGACGUGAAGGCCCACUGCUCAGUGGUCCAGAAAGGGAGAUCAAUGAGAUCAAGAUGAUGAAUUCCGGCGGAAUGUACCCAUGCAAAUACUGCGACAAUACAUUCACAAGCUAUAAGGCACUUAAAGGACAUAUUCGGACACAUUUAGGAUUUUCUCCAUACCAGUGUAACCUGUGUGUGUACUCCAGUUCAGACAAGAGCUCCUUGAUUCGCCAUGUGAGGACCCACAGCGGCGUUCGGCCAUUCCAAUGUCUUACCUGUGAUUUUGCCUUCACCACCAGGGCCAACUGUGAAAGACAUCUCAGGAAGAAGCACGGUAUCAUGGAUAGAGAUGAAAUAGAAAGAUCUGUAUACCUUAACAAGUUUGCUCUUGAGGCAUCAUCUUCCAUUGACAAUUUCCACUCUCCUGACACGAUCUGCAAGUACUGCUGUGUGGACUUCAAGUUUUUCCGUGCGCUGAAGAACCACCUGAGAUCCCACAGCAGCUGUCGACAGAAACCAUUCCAGUGCCAGCUAUGCGACAUGGGAUUCUGCACCAAGGUGAACUGUCUCCGCCACCUUCAAAAACAACAUUCAGAAAUUAAUAAUAACCAGAUUGAGAAUUAUGUAAAGAUCAUCGAACAUUUUACGAAUGAUGAAACAGAUAAUGAAUCUGUCAACUCGGACGAUGGUAUUCCACUGUAUACAGAUGAUUCCAGGAUGCCGUUCGACUGUCAUUCGGGUAACAGUACUCCACAGCCACCAGCUGCGCACUCUACUCCGAAACCGGAAGGACUUCUGGGACGCGAGAGUCGCCAUAUAUCACCUAAUCGUCUUAUUUCACCUAGUAGCCACAUGUCACCUCUGUCUCACAUUUCACCAGCACCCAGUCCACUUGUAAUCAAAACAGAACCAGUCGACAGGGUAGAUACUCCACUAGACUUCAGUAUGAAACCAAACAUUGAUGCAGUCAAAAUGGAAGUAUCUCCCAAUGAGUCUAUGAAACCCACAAAAUUUGGAUCGGAUGAAGCCCCAAUUGAUCUUUCUGUGAAGAAGCAAGCCAUGCCUGUGCCUAUUGCACCAAAGCCCAUGAACUUUAUCCAGUGUAUGUAUUGUCCAAUGGGAUUUUCUGAUCUGGGAGCUAUGGAACGCCAUCUGCGUAAAUCUCAUGCAAACUUUGUAGGCGAAAAUCCAGCAAUCUCGACCCAGCUAGCAUCCAUGCCAUUCCUGAACCAGCAAGGGAAGCUGCUCCUGCCACCAAGAUCGAUGCCCAGUGUAGCUGGGUACCAGCUAAACCCAAGUAAAGGUGUCUUCCAUAACCGCAAUGUGAAUUCAUUCCAAACUCAGCACAGGAAUAAGUCUGUGUCAGCAACUAUUCAGAACCUGCACGAUAAACUCAAGCAGAAAAAGGAAAACAAUACAGGUGUAGAUACCGAUUUAGCCUCAGUGACAAAGAUGAUAGAUGCCACAGACCCACUUAACUUUCAAGCCUUUUUUAAAGCAGACCAAUCAACAGUCACUUCACUUAAAGCUCCCUCUGUGGCCAGACCUUCAAACAUGAUCAAGCGUCCAGGUGUUCAGAUCUCUCUAGAACACUGUAAGGCGAUUAACCGAGAAUUGGACAAUCUUCAGCGGGAAGGAGAUGUAGAUGAGGCAGCGUUGUCACAGGUACGAGAGAUGGCAUUGUCAGUUAAAGAGGAAGUUGUAAACCAGGCACCAGUCACAGGAACAGGAAGUUCAGGUUGCUUGGCAACAUCAAGCCCUCUGGUGAGCCAGAUUGUAGAUGGGCAAGGGGAGUUGCAUGAUGAUAACUCUGGCGAUGGAUCAGUGUCGGGCACUGUAAAGUCGGAGAGUGACAAGGGAGAUAAUAAUCCACCUAAAAAGAAGAGAAACUCAUAUGCAGAUUCUCCACACAAGCUGGCAUGUCCAUAUUGUCCUCGAGCCUUCCCGUGGGUCAGCUCUCUCACCAGACAUCUUCUCACACAUACAGGUCAGAAACCAUUUAAAUGUCCACGUUGUCCAGUAACAUUCUCAACCAAGUCUAACCGUGAGCGCCACUUGAUCCGGAAGCAUGGUGUAAAUAUGUUGGAUCCACUUUCACGUCAAACCAUGGAUCGUCCGUACAAGUGCCCACUUUGUGUGUUCAGCUCAUUCUCUACACAGAGUAAUCUAUUGAAGCACUACAGAGAUAGACAUAAUGGUGCAAAUCUUCCAGAAAACAUUGCUGACAUUGAGAGAAUGUCUCCGACGGCAAUCAAGGCCGCAACCUUGGAGAUGGAGAUUAGAGCAAGAGAAAAUCCACCUAAAGCAGACGACACUUCCAGUCUCAGUUUGAAUACAGAAGAGUACGAGGAGGACUUUGAUAACAGUGUUGAUUCAUCAGAAAAAAUGGAUGAUGACUCUGCUUCCUACACGACUGAGAUAGAAAUGGGUGAUGAAGUUCAAAAGAUGGAAAAUGUACCUGAAAAACUGGAGAAAAAUGAUAUGCCGCCAGUGAUUGAGAAAAAGCCUGCAGCUAUGGAACCUGAAGGGCUAAAGAUUGCUCCACAUCUGUUGAUGGCAAUGCCAGAACUGAAGAAGAUUAGGAACAAUGAUGAUGACUCCAAUGAUGGAUCAGAAAGAAAUCUUGAAAUUGAUGAGCAUGAGCAGGCUUUAAGUCCAAACACGAUGAAGAAAAAUAUUGAGAAAAUUAUUGCGGAACAGAAAGCUAUCAUUGAACAGAAAGCUCAUAUGGAGAUGAAAAUUCAAGCAGAGAUUCGAGCCCAAAUUGAAAUGCAACGAAAGUCGGACAGUCUGUCUGACACAGUAUCUCCAACUCCAAUGGAUGUCAGUCAAGACGCCCUUAUGGAUCCUAACAAACCAUUCACAGGAUCCGCAGAGAGAAUCAUUAAUCCUGAGAGAGAUAACUAUGAUGUUGACAAGAUUACUGAAUGUUGGAAAUGUAAGGAAAUGUUUCCAUCUAGAAAGGUCCUCGUUCGUCAUCUUAAGGAACACAACAUAGAUCUUCCAUUCAAAUGCUAUCUUUGCGACGCCUCCUACGAAUUAAGGGUGGACUGUCUCAAUCAUCAAGCAGAUGCUCAUGAUUCUGACUGGAAAAUACUUAAGGAGAAAAAUAAAGUUAAUGAAAUUGAACAAUUCUCUCUCCACAUGGACAAGGUUGUGGAAAACAACUGCAAUAAGCUGGAUACUGGCUCUGUGCUAGAGAUCCCAGGAACCGGAAAUGAUGAGAGCAAGAUGGAGGUCAUCUCGGCAGACUACAUGCAGAGGAAGGUUUACUGUUCAUUGUGUCCAAAGAGAUUCUGGUCGCUGCAGGAUCUCCGGAGACACAUGAGAUCUCACACUGGAGAGCGGCCAUUUGAAUGUGACAUCUGUCAGAAACGGUUUACAUUGAAACACAGUAUGAUGCGACAUCGUAAGAAGCAUGCAGGGGCUCCACCUAGGUCGUUCGAUGACGACGACGAUUCUAAUGGAGUGGAAGAGAAAGUAUCAAGAUUAGCCAAGUCGACACCAAAUCGAAAUGUUACUGUCUAUCCAUACCCUUCAAGCUUUGCAAUGACCACCCCUAGUCACACUGAGGGUACACCAGUGGCGGCAAGCACAUACCUCUUUGCUCAAGGACUCAGUGGUGGUCAAAUGGUUCUUGGAGGCACAAACAUUGGUUCUCUAUCACAAACAAGUGGAUCUGGUGAGCCAAGCACCUCGAAGGAUACUUCUUACCGUGAUCCCCCCAAAACAACAGCUACAGUGCCGUCUCUGGACAGCAUGAAGAAAGAAUUCCUCGACUGCAGUGCUGAUAUGCUGCAUAAUCUCCUCGGAGUCGAAUCCUCCGCCAUUGAGAAAAUGCUUGAUUCUGCCGACUCCAAAACAGCUGCUAAAUAUCUUGGUCUUGCUGAAGCCUCUUAAGACUGGCUAUGAAUGAUGUAUUAAUCAAAAACCUGUGUUCAGAACAUUUUCUAUUGAUUGAUGAGGGUCUGUGUCAGUUGUUCAUAUCUUCUGUUGUUUUUCUAUGAAGAUCUAGGUCUAUUGUUCAUGCUGACAUUGUUUGAUGUUAAGUGUAAGUUAAAGAUUGACUGCAAAAAAUAAAGUAUGACUGAAUAAAAUGUGAUUUAAUUCUAUGUGGUAAUAUUCAUGAAGGUGAAUUGAAACGAAAGCAAUAAGUUGCUGUAGUAGCGGUUGGUCUUUAAGAACAUUUUACAUAGAAAAGACUGCUGUUUGUCAAAAGGUACUAUGCACACACAUCAGUGUUCUUUAAAAAGUUGUUACAUGAUGAAAUAAUGAAAUAGUUAAGAAAGACUUUUAAGAUACAUUUUUGUGUUGGCAUAUAUAUGAUUUAUUGCAGGAUUUCCAGUUUCUGCAGAAAUUUGCACAUGUUUUUCCUGUAAAAAAACAAUGUCUUUAAAUUGGUAUUAUCUUUGUCACUAAGGUUAGAGAAAUUUGUACAAAGUAGUAAAUUUUAUAUAUGUAAUUUAAGUAAUUUAAUUCCAUUGUUUAUAAUAUUGAUUUUAAAAAAAAGAUACUUUAAAUUCACUUUAAAUGCGUGAAGUAUCAGCUGUAUAGAUAAGUAUAUGUCUUGAAUCGUUAUUGGUUGUUUAUUGAUUAGAAAUAAACUUGUCUGUAAUCAAAAAAUAAAUAUUUAUUAAAUAAGUCUUUAAUUGCUUAGUUAAUUCGGUAAUAAUAGUAAUAGAGCUGUAUUGGUAUUAUAAACAGAAAAAAGUCUGGAAGAUCUCAAAAACAUUUUUUUAGAAAAUGUACAUGAUGAAAUAUUAGGUAUAAAUUGUUUUAUGUACAAAUGUACCAAGAAACUUACAUUUUUUGCCCAACAUAUUUCUAUUUUGUGAGUUGAAUUUGAUUAUUUUGUGAUUUUUGUUGAUAGUAUAAAAUGCUAAUUAUAUUAGAUGUGAAAGUACUAUUUGAUUAUGGUUGAAAUUUCAUCCAUAAUUGUGACUGAUUGGAGAGGAAAAAAUGGCGUGCACAUGCUGUUAUGAAAUAGCACAGAAAUAGUGCGGAAUUAGAAUGGACAUUCUCAGUGAUUUAAAACAAAAUCUGUGAUAAUUACAUUUGUUGUUAUUUUCUGUGUUUAGGGGACCAUUUAUUUUGUGCUCAUAUUUUUGACAUACGUUUACUGAUUGUUAAUUUUCUAUAUAUAUUCUUUGAAGUGAACUUGAUUCUGAUGUAUUUUGUACAUAAUUUAAUUAAUAGCAGGAGCUAUAUUUAAUCAAACCAGUGUCGUAAACACCACCCUGUGGAAAUGAAAAAGAAAGUGUCUUAUUGUUCAAAUAGGGAGGUUAAUGGAAAGAAUAAACUGUACAGUUUCUAAGUGAAUUGAAAGAUUAUGAUGCCCUCUUAAAACAGGUUACAUAAACGUACCGGGCAUGUGGUAUUUACAUGUGGGAUGGUCUGUAGCACUGGUUUAGCUGUUCUUUUCUAUAAUCAAAGAUUGAUCUAUAUAUUUUACUAAUGUAUUGAAUAUGUUUUGUCUCAAGGAAUUGGUUGUACAUAUAUAAGGUAUAUAAAUUUUAUUGAAUUUGAAGUUUUUGUCUCUAAUCAUUUUGUAUUAUGUCAGGUUGUAUGGUUGCCAAGGGUGCAUUUGUGGACUGGCUUGUAGUUAGUUUUUUUAUCUGAAUCAAAAUGAAACAAUGUAAAGGAAAAAACUAAAAUGACCGUUGAGUUUUUGUGUAAAAUUUGAAAUUCUUGUGACCUUUGAGUUUUUGUGCAAAAUUUGUAAUUCCUCAUACCUUUUAGUUUUUUCAUAAAAUUUGAAAUUCUCACUGCGUAAGAUUUUAUAAUUUGAAAUGCACAUGAUCCUUGAAUUUGUGUAUAAAAUUUGUAUUUGGAACUUGCAUGGCCUUUGACUUUGUAUAAAAUGAAAGGUCACAUAUCAGUGUGUGAAUUUUGUCUCUUUUGCUAUAUAAAAGACAUCUAUUCUUUAUUGUUGAAGUGUUUGCAAUGAAACGUGUUUUUUUGUGUUUUACCAGAUGUGAAUAUAGUUGGACAUAUUUUAAUUGAUGUAUGUAUAUAUAUAUUAAUCAAUGAAAUUACAGAAAAUGUGAAAGAAAUGUACAUUCCAUUUGAAAUUAUUGAUAAUUGGGUUUUUGGGUUGUGCAUAUAGCUUUAAAUUUGCUGAUUUCAUUUAUUUUGUUUCAUAGAAUUAGUUUUGGGAAUAUUUUAUGUAAAUACAUAGUAUAUUAUUUAUUUUUCUGCUCUGAAUAUUAUUUCCAUGUAUAUAAUCAUGUCACCAAGACUAUUUUGGGACUAUCAGGCUGAUCUGAAUUUUUCUUUUCAUAAUAAAAACAUGAAAAGGUA